AUGCUCGGCAAGCGGCAGCGGAGCAUGCUGAUGCGCCGGACGACCAGCCUGGCGUCCAUGCCGUCGGUGCCCAAGCAGGUGCGCCAGGGCAGCGGCGGCGGCGGCGGCGACGACGACGACAAGGACAGGCAGGCGCGCGCGCGGCCGUCCUCCUCCGUAUCGGCCGGCGCGGUGGGGACGGGCGGCGGCGCCGGCGGUGGCUACCCCUCUCCCGGGCGGGACGCCUUCGCCGGGCUGAUGAUCACCGCGGCGUUCCUGUCCGCCUGCGGCUUCUGCGCCAAGCCCCUCGGCCCCGGCGAGGACACCUACAUCUACAGGGGCGAGGUGGCAUUCUGCAGCCAGGAGUGCAGGGAGCAUCAGAUCGCGAAGGACGAGCUCAUGGAACAGAACUGCACCAUCACAUCCAUCCGGGAGGCCCCGUCGGACCAGUCUGGCAGCGGCGGCGGCUCCGGCGGCGCCGGGGACGCCGUCGCCGCCGCAUAG